UUGCCAUGGUAGCCAGGGGGCGCGGCUGAAGUGCGACGGCGUUUCCGGGAAGAUGGCGGCUGUGGAAGCGGUUCCCGAGCCGGUAGCUGAGGUGACGCCGGUGGGGCCGAAGACGAAGGACGAGGAGGAGGAUGAGGAGUCGCUGCCGCCCUGCGAGGCCGUCCGGUGGGCCCCCGUGGGGGCGGUGGCCGAAGCGGGACCCGGGGUGGCGGCGUUCUCGGAGGAGGCGGCCGGCGAGGAGCCUGGGGCGGCCUCGGGCUCCCCUCCCGACGCGGCCGGCACGCUGCGGCGACUGCAGGCCGAGCGGCGGCAGCUGGACUCUGCGUUGCUCGCGCUGUCCUCGCACUUCGCGCAGGUGCAGUUCCGCUUGCGCCAGGUGGUGCGCGGAGCACCGGCCGAGCAGCAGCGCCUCCUGCGCGAGCUCGAGGACUUCGCCUUCCGCGGCUGCCCUCACGUCCUGGGCUACCAGGGGCCAGACGACGUCUCCGGCGACGACAGGCUGCCGGGGGACCGGCCGUGGGUGCGGGGUGAGCACCAGGGCCUGAGUGAGCAGGAAAAACAAGAGCGUCUGGAAACCCAGAGGGAGAGGCAAAAGGACCUGAUCCUACAGCUCAAGACCCAGCUAGAUGAUCUGGAAACAUUUGCCUAUCAGGAGGGCAGUUAUGACUCUCUACCACAGUCUGUGGUCUUGGAAAGACAGCGGGUGAUCAUUGAUGAGUUAAUAAAGAAACUGGACAUGAAUCUGAAUGAGGACAUCAGUUCCCUGUCCACUGAAGAGCUUCGCCAGCGUGUGGAUACAGCAGUGGCUCAGAUCGUCAACCCAGCCCGAGUGAAAGAACAGUUGGUUGAGCAACUGAAAACCCAGAUCCGAGAUCUUGAGAUGUUCAUCAGCUUCAUCCAAGAUGAAGUCGGAAGCCCCUUGCAGACAGGUGCUGGGCACUGUGAGUGCAAGGCCAGCCGGAAGGCAGGACAUAGCUCCACCAGAACAGGCGGCAGCAGACUGCCUCCAGGAAGCAGUAAAACAGCGAAGGCAGAAGACAUGAAGAGAGUCCGGGAAUCAGGGCUACAACUGAUGCGGCGAGCACUGGCCGUGCUCCAGAUCUUUGCUGUUAGCCAGUUUGGUUGUGCCACAGGCCAGAUCCCUCAAACCUUGUGGCAGAGGGGUCAGGCUGACAGAGACUACUCCCCGCUACUGAAGAGGCUGGAGGUGUCAGUAGACAGAGUGAAACAGCUAGCCUUGAGGUACCAGCCACAUGACUAUGUCAUCACUUCAGCCAACCUCCAGGACCUGUCAUCCCUGGGAGGCAAGGACGAGCUGACCCUGGCUGUGCGAAAGGAGCUGACAGUGGCUGUGAGGGACCUGCUGGCCCAUGGACUGUAUGCCUCUUCUCCUGGGAUGAGCCUUGUCAUGGCUCCCAUUGCUUGCUUGUUGCCAGCCUUCUCCUCAGCACCUGAGACCAUGCACCCCUGGGAGCUCUUUGUAAAGUACUACCAUGCUAAGAAUGGCCGUGCAUAUGUGGAAUCUCCAGCCCGGAAGCUCUCACAAUCCUUUGCCCUGCCUGUUAUGGAUGGCAUUGCUAUGACCCCCAAACAGAGCCUCCUGACAGCCAUCCACAUGGUGCUGACAGAGCAUGACCCUUUCAAGCGCAGCGCAGACUCAGAGCUGAAGGCACUGGUGUGCAUGGCUCUGAAUGAACAGCGCCUGGUGUCCUGGGUGAACCUCAUCUGCAAGUCAGGGUCCCUCAUUGAGCCCCACUAUCAACCCUGGAGCUACAUGGCCCAUACAGGUUUUGAGAGUGCCCUCAACUUACUCAGCCGCCUCAGCAGCCUCAAGUUCAGCCUUCCUGUAGACCUGGCUGUGCGCCAACUCAAGAACAUCAAAGAUGCCUUUUGAUAAGAAUGCCUGACCCUAGACCAACACCAUGCUCUGGAGGGAUAGAUGUCCAGGUCUAGAGUAAGAGCCAGGGAGUUGCAGGAAGGGUUAAGACAUUUUUCUUAAACCCUUCUUAGAUGCAGGUCAGCCAACUUGGGGCAAAGUCUGUUUUCCUCACAACUUAACAUCUUAGAAAGAUGAGCCAGAGA